UUCGACUGGUUGAUGUUUUCCAGUCGAUCCUCGACAAAGUUCUGCGAAACAAAAGAGCAAUCUGAGUGAAACACCAUGCGAACAAGUGCAUUACGCGAAAGGUCACCACUAGCCAACCCAGAAUUAAAUACAAAAUCGACGUGAUCAACUGAUGGGCUGUACACAUUUUUGCCAUACUAUAAAAUGACCAAGACCAAGGAAAAAUAUUUGCACGACAAGCCGUUGCACACCAUCUUCUACGAACAUGCUCCUCAUCCGAACACCCUUCUGGUGGGGCUCAAUUCACUCAGGGAAAAAGAGGAACUUAUGGACAUCACAUUGGUCAUAGAAGGGAACCUGUUUAGAGCGCAUAAAGCCGUUCUGGCUGCCUGUAGCGAUUAUUUCCGUGCAAUGUUUACAGACAAUAUGCUGGAGGCGAGGCAAAAUGAAAUUUGUCUAAAUGGUAUCACAGCAAAAGGUUUUCAACAACUCCUGGAAUACGCCUACACUAGCAGACUAGCCCUUAACUUAGCCAACGUUCAAGACGUAUUAGAAGCAGCCUCCCAUGUACAAAUGAUAGCAGUAAUUCAAGCUUGUUCGAAUUAUUUACAAUCGCAAAUCGAUGUGGACAAUUGCGUCGACAUUGCCACCAUUGCCGAAACUUAUUCACUCACUCAGCUGAGAAUGAAAGUUUACAGCUUUAUGAGCGGGCAUUUGUUGGAGUUUUCCAAUUCCAAUGAGUUUUACAGACUGACUGCUAUGCAGCUCGAGAACCUUCUUGCCUAUGAUUUUCCAGUGGACUGCUCCGAAGGAGACGUAUUGAGAAUUGUGCUCACCUGGUUCUUCAGAUUUGAUACUAAUGACUUGGACACAAGACUGGCAUACGCUCAAAGAAUAUUCCACUUUAUACAUUUCAAAGAGGUACCUCAAAGGAAACUGAUGGGUAUCUUGGAUAAGGCGUUUCAGGGAAGAAAGUAUGAAUGGAAUUUGUACAAAAUAGUGUUGGACGAGAUGUAUUUGCAGGUGGGGAAAGAACAGUCCAGUUUUAACUCCACGCUACUCAACUCUAGGGGAAUGGAGAUGGCUGUUUUAAAAAUAGGCGGAUUUGGUUUAAGUGGCAUUACGAACGAAAUAACGUACUGUUUCUCGAGCGAACGGAAAUGGAAACACUUGACUUCCAUCCCGCACGUGGAGCAAUGCAAUUUUGGCACUGCUGUAUUCAAUAACGAACUAUAUGUGGUCGGAGGCUGUUUCAACCAGUCUCUGCAAGAAAAUAUUCAUCCGUUCGGCUUUAAGUACAGUCCCAGGUACAACAAGUGGUCCACGCUGGCACCAAUGAAAAUCGAACGGUGCAGAUUCACGUUGAACGUAGUGGACGACAUGCUGUAUGCUGUAGGUGGCGCUAGUGAAGCGGACGAGUUCGAAACGAGUACCUGCGAGUGUUACAAUCCAAUAUUGGACUCUUGGUUUAUGGUGCAGCCUUUGCCUGCGUUUAUAUCGCAGCACGCCGGGGCUAGUUACCAAGGCAACUUCGGUUUUCAGCUUUACAUAAGUGGUGGCAUAGACAGGGAUAACGUGCAAUCGAACAUGUUUUGUUACGAUGUUAAUAACGAUGAAUGGCGGUAUUGUCAGGCCAUGUUGAAAGCCAGAGCGGAUCACGUGAUGCUGACCAUAGGCAAGCUUUUGUAUGUUUGUGGUGGCUGGACUGAGGACGAAUCGAGAUCCAGAGUGCUAGUUGACACGAUAGACGCUUACGAUGUCGAGAAUGAUUGCUGGUUUGUUGUGACUCGGGUGCCUACGCCGAGGUACCACGCGGGGAUCGUGAGUGUCGGUGACAAAAUCUACUUUAUCGGCGGGUUUCACAGUGACGCGAUGUUCGAUAAAGACACGGCCGCCGUGGAGACUUACGAUAUCGACAAGGAUCUGUGGACCACCGAGGACAAGUAUCCGCAGGAUAUUUGGGAACAUACGUGCGCCACUUUGUUUAUACCCAAGUGCAGAGACGAUAUGGAGGUUAUACCAGCUGCCGAAAGCUCCGUAUAGUAUUUACUGUUUGUGGAGCAUUCUCAGGGAAAGUUAAAAAUAAAGUUUAUUAGAAUGAAGAUAUGAUUAUUUCAAUCAUAACUUUCUGUAGAUUUGUAUUU